AUGAACAAAGAAUUUAAAAAACUUCCAACUACUGUGCUUAGUGGGUUCUUGGGCAGUGGAAAAACUACUCUCCUAAAGCAUAUCCUUUAAAAUAAACAAAACUUAAAAUGUGCAGUUAUUGUAAACGAUAUGGCUGCUUUGAAUAUAGAUGCAUAGCUUGUGAAAGGUGGCAAGCUCAUUCAAACUGAAGAAAAAAUGGUCUAAAUGCAAAACGGUUGUAUUUGUUGCACACUUAGAGAGGACUUGCUCAAGGAAGUUGCUUAGAUUGCUAAAUCAAAUGAGUUUGAUUAUCUUAUCAUUGAAUCUACUGGUAUCUCUGAACCAUUAUAAGUUGCAGAGACAUUUACCUUUAAUUCAGUAGAAAUGAAUGUCGAUAGUUUAAAGGAUAUAGCUACCCUAGAUACUUGUGUCACUGUAGUUGACUGUACCAAUUUCUUUGAAAUGUUCAAUACUCAUGAGUCACUUCCAGAGAAAUUUGUUGAAGAAAAACCUCAAAAAUAAGAUAUCAGAACAGUUUCAGAGUUGAUGGUUGACUAAUUAGAAUUUGCUAAUGUCAUCAUCGUGAACAAGACUGACUUAGCAACAAAAGAACAAAAAGAAGCUGUCAUGGCUGCUAUUAAAAAAUUUAACAAGGAUGCUAUAGUUAUCGAGUCUUCUUAUUGUGAUAUAGAUUUAAAAUAAAUUAUUAAUACUGGUUUAUUUGACUUUGACAAAGCUGCUGAAAAUACAAAAUGGUUAGGUACUGAUCGCUAUCAACUCGUUCCUGAAACUGUGGAAUUUGGUAUCAGUCAUUUCAUCUACCGCAGACUUAGACCUUUUCACAAUUUAAGAAUAUUCAAACUUCUAGAUUAAAAUUUUUAUUGUUAUCUAAAAACUUUUGGAUAAUUUGGUUAAAACUUAGAAGAUGAAAACAACCAAGUUGAAGAAGACUAAAAAACCAAUGUAAAAGAAGACUAAGAUAAAGAACAUAAUAAAAGUCAAGAGUCUGAAGAAACUUAGAGUGAGACUUUAGAAAACCUGAAUAUAAAUAAAAGCACUGAAGCAUUAGAAAAAGAGGAAGAUAAAAAAAAUAUCAAUUAAGAAGAAUAAUAAAAUAAAAAAUUAUUAACCAAACCUUCUCCUUUCCCAAAGCUUGUUUCAGAAUAAGAUCAAAAAGAGUUGGAUGCUGAUGAAGAAAAAUAAAUUGAGGAAGAAGCUCUUGAGUAUAAAAAAUAAAGAGAAGAGGCUCUUGAACUAAAGAAAAAAGGACCCUUCAAAAAUGUUUGGAGAUCAAAGGGUUUCUUUUGGAUUGCAAAUAACAAAGAAGAUUUCUGGGGAUGGUAACAUUCUGGAAUUAUAAAUUAGAUUCAACCUGAAGGCAAAUUUGGCAUUGCCUUGAAUGAAGAGCUAUAAAAAUUAGUUCCAGAUUAUGAAGAGCUCAAAAAGACCUGGGAUCCAAUAAUUGGAGACAGAGAAAUUAAUUUAGUCUUUAUCGGUAAAGAUAUGGACUAAAAAUUAUUAGAAUAAAUUUUGGAUGAAUGUCUUGUCACCGAAGAAGAAUGGCAAUAAAUGAUUAAAAAUGAACUUCUUUUAGAUAUUGAAGACGAUCCUUUUGCUGAAGAAGAAGAUGAUGAUGAAGAUGAAGAAGAUGAUAAUUCUGAGUGGGAAGAUGAAGAAGAGCAAGAAAAUACAAAUAAAAAUGAUAAAAAUAAAGACAAAGCACAAAGAAAAAAAUCAAAAAAUAAAUGA